GUGUAAUAAUGGCUGCUUACGGUACACGUAUAGCCUUGCUCUUUACAAAGGGACAUACUGGGGAAAGCCUGACGAGACUAUUAGGACAGCGUCAUAUCAAAAUACUGGAGAAAAUAGAGAUUUUAAAGGAAGAAGACGAGCACUACCUCGAGCAGACGUCUCAACAACAUGAACAGAAGGCCAAGGGGACAGAAGAUGUGGUGGUAGAAGAUGUGGUGGUAGAAAAUAUCAAGUCACCAGACCCCGUCAUGCAGGAAACUGUAGUUGCUGAGAGAAGUUACGUGUUAAACCACGUUAAGAAACCUAAGCUAAGUCUAAGUCUAGAGGAGGUGGUGCUGCAGCACGAGGCUGCAGCUACAGCCGGGAGAGCCAGUACCCCUAAAAACGCUUGGAAGAAUCACAACUCUACUUUCAACCAGGCUAAACAGCAACGCAUCCGCACUACUAACCGUACUCCGGGCCGCCGAGCUUGUUAAAUCAUACUCAUUAACUCUGGAACUGGUUUGACUAUAUUAAUAUGGCUGUGGCGGUUAAUGUUACUUCGGCCUUUUGGUGACAAAAAUUAAAUAGAGAUUCUGGAAACUAACUUUUUUUCUCUCAAAUUGUUAAAAUUAAGAACGAACAAUUUGGAGUAGCGUCGGUAAACCUUUAUCACACUUUCUUUUACUUGGCUGCUUCGCGUGACUUUUUUUGCAUUUGUCAACGUUAUAUUUGCAUUA